AUGUUUGCUCCCCCUGGGACAGGCCGAAACAGACCUAGCAAUCGAAGCAGAGGGAAUACGUGGGGUGUUGGAAAUGGCCGAGAUCAUCGUAAUGGAGCAGGCACGGCGUCUUCAGGUCGCCGCAUCAAUGCGAAUGCAGGUCGGGCCUUCGAUAAACUACGAGGUGGAGGACCGCCUAGACAGGGAGCUGUUCAUAGCAACUCGCAGCGAAACGCCCCCCAACAGACUGCAACAACUUCAGAUUCGGGAAACAAAACUUAUUCCAAGAAUGAGCCUUGGCGCAAUCCGGCCACAGAAAACCCUGCAACGUACAAAAAGCGAAUGAAUGACCUCUACCAAACGCUAAAGGAAGACCGCGAAAAGGAACGAAAGAAUGCUAUUCGAAAUGGCUUCCUUGCAGACCCUGAUAAACCGACCUCACUGGCAAAUGCCAUCACGCCGGUUGGGACAUGCCAAGAUAUGUGCCCCGAGUUCGAACGAGUGGAGAGGAUCGUGCAGCUCAUGGUAGAUGGAAGCGAAAAGGAAGCUACAGAAGCCGAUGUGAAAGUGCCAUGCGAAGCGUUAAUGGUGAAGCGGUUUCGAAGGUCUGCUGCCGGUUAUGAUGAACAACUUCCCUCAGACAUUAGACCUCCGAACGUUUUGAAAAGGGCGCUCGAUUACCUGAUCAAUGACGUUGUGGGAGGCUCAGAGCCGUUGUCGGUGGUGCAUAAAUUCGUUUGGGAUCGUACACGGGGCAUAAGAAAUGACUUUUCAAUUCAACAAGUCACGAAAACCGGAGACCUGCGCCUUGCGAUCGAGUGCUUCGAACGAAUAGCUCGCUUCCACAUUUUGUCCUUGCAUCAGCUAUCCAACGGUAGCCUCGUGGAUAACGAAUUCGAUCAUCACCAAGAACGAGAGCAGCUCAACAAUACCCUAUUAUCUUUGAUGUACUACUAUGACGAUAGCCGACACAAACUCGUCUCUCCAAACGAAGCGGAGUUUCGGGCAUAUUGCAUAAUCUUCGAAAUUCAAGACCAGCGACCGGACCUUGAGGAUCGAGUCCAGAGUUGGCCUAAACAGAUUCUAAAACAUCCUCGAGUUCAAAUUGCGCUGAAGUUAUACGCUGCUGCCGGAAAUACCACAGACGAACAAGGCCCUUUGCGUCCUCGGACACCUUUUAGUAUCGCUCAAGCUAACGCUGAAGGUUUUUGGGCCGGUGUGAAGUCUAGUGCGAUCUCGUACUUGACUGCUUGUGUUGCUGAAAUUUACUUCAAUCUCGUUCGCGCUGCAGCUCUCGAAACACUUUGGAAAGCAUACAAAGGUAAACGAGGAGGGUCUGCAAAAAUGGAGGACUGGGUACUGACAGACUUGACUCUGGCACUAUGCUUCGAUAAUGACGAUCAAACCAUAACAUUUUGCGAAGAUCAUGGACUGGUGAUCGCGGAAAAUGACAAGGGAAAUGCUUUCGUUGAUUUUGGCUCGGUGGCUGCAGGCCAACUUUCAGAUUCAAAUCCAAGGCGGAAACAAGUCUUUUCAAAGGGCAUGGUAGAAUCGAAACGUCUUGGCCGAACGCUACCAGCAAUCAUUGACGGAAUUACGGCAUCUCAAGCUCAGGCACAAGGUCUCAUCGAGGAGUAUUCGGACACAGACUCCGAUGCCAACAGCGAAUCUCUUUUCCUAGAUGGCGACUCAGAUGUCGAGGGCGAACAGACUCAGCCGAAGCCUAAGGCUCCGCCUGCCGAUGGCGUUGAUCAAUUACUUCCUGCUAAGCUCAAUGCGACCGCCAACCCCUUCAAACCCUCCAGCGUUUUCGGCCAUCCCUCAGGCAAUCCCAAUCCAUUUGCUUCGGUAGGGAAUCAGAGCUUUCCAAGCACUUCGCCCUUACCGUUUGAUGGCCUUGGCAAACCCGAAACGGCUCAGACAAAUUUGUUUCCAAGAAAUGAAGCUUCUAAUCAGGCCCCCUUUCAAAAGCCAACAUUAUUCUCAUCCGACAAUUCCAUUUCUAAGGACAAUAACUUGCAAACCAAAGCGGCAUCCUCCUCCAAUCUUUUCGCCCCUCGGCCAGUUACAACUGACAAGAAUGGUGCAAAAGAAUUACCUACCUUCAACUUUCUCUCGCCAUCGUCAGAAGAGAAAUCUCAAUUGCUGCCUCCGUCUCCUGCUCCACAGCAAGCAUCUAGUGUCCUCACGCCGCCUUCUACGUCAACAGGCAUCGAGAAACCGCUUAAGAAUGCGCCCGUGGAUGGUCCUUCGACAACCCUCUUCUCAUGGGGAACUCCGGCAGCCAAUAACCCUAGUCCACAGCAGAAGCCCGAGCAGCGCGGCUCCUCCUCGAAUGAUAAGGAGAAUGAGUCUGAACCUUCUCCUCAAAGCAAACCUGUACUGAGCUUUGGCACGCCACCUAUAUUCAACUCGAAGAUCUACCCGCCUGAAGCUGACCUCACGACACUCGAGAAUGACACUUCUUUACGGGCAUCAGCUGUUUUAAGAAGUCAACCAGCCCUUACUUCGCAUGUACCAAAUUCUCCCGACAUCAACACUCCAGCUUCCGACAACAAGGCUACGUCUCUACCUAGCCCGUUCUCAUUUCCAUCAACUUCUAACACUCACCUCACAAGCCAGUCUACGCCUAGCGAUGCUAAUCUAGCUUCAGUCAACCCUCCAUCUCAACAGCCAUUUUCUUUAACUCCUGCGGCUGCAGAUCAAAAAUCAAAGCUUUCAAGUGAGGCCUUCCCAAAAGCGCAGAAUUUUGCUCAGUCUUCGAAAACAGCAGCAAAGACAACAAGUGAUUCCACACUCUCCUUCCAAGCUUCUGACACGAAUACGGCGCAGCAACCGACAAAGUCAGAUCAGCUGUCUUCUCGAGCCAAAGCAUUAGGAAGUGUAGCAACGAUAUUGAUGACCGAGGAUAGAGGACUCUUGCAACAAUUUGUUGAAUUCAGUAUUGCUCCUAUCUUAAAGACUGCCGUGGCAAAAUUCGAGGAUGAUAAGUCUUGGGCGCGUGCUCGCGAAUAUCGUGACUAUUUACUUGCGAGAAAAUAUUGCGCCAGGUGGAAAUUAAUCGCUUGGAAUUUGGGUCUCAAGCGCCGGGCAAAAAAGCGGAGAGGAAACCUUGCCAGAUCGUUACGUGAAGGAUCCCGUGAUUCUCCGACGUCAAAUAGCAUUGAAAGUUCCCCUUUGGCUCGUACGCUUGCGGAAAAGAGUCGAAUGUCAGCGCCCAGCACUAAUUCGGCUAUGGGGCCUCCGUCAGCAUCAAGCAGUCUUAUGAAACGGCAGUCACUACCCGCAGAUCUUAUCAUGGAAGGUCGCAGCGUGCUUGCUGCCGCUGGCAGUAAGAGGAAGCGUCCAGACCCAGACCCGGACACCGAGAUGAAUACCGCACCACAAAAGGCAACCUUGAAAUCUUUGCAUAGGCGAACAAAGACCUAUGGCGGCUCGGUUGGCCUUGAUAUAUCUCAAAGGAGUCCAAGGACCUCGCUGCAUUCAGAAAUCGAGGCGGCAAGAAGAGACGAUGGAUCAUUGCUUGGUGAUGCUUUGGAUCAACAAGCCCGACGUCUAGCUCCGGGUACAAGGUUAGACACUACUCGUACAAAUUACUUCAAACUGAAAGCUAUGGGGAUAAACCCAAAUAUUCUUUUGUCAUCGGAGUCAAAGCCGAAUCCCGGAGCUUCGCCAGGAAACGCCAAGGAUGCUAGAGUAAAGCCGGUGGGCAUAGCACAUAUGUCAAGGUCAGCGCCUAUCCCUCAAAAGAGCACGAAGCCUGCGGACGAUGACGAAGAUCUAUUCGCUUCUAUUCGCAAAGUUCGCGAGGCUCUAGCUGAGACUACGACGUGGUUCCAGUCAGAGCGACAGACAAUUGAGCGAAGCAUGACUCCACAGAGCGCAGCAUCACCACCAAGGAAUGAGAGUGCGGCAGAAAAGCGGCUUCGAGAAAUUCGGGAGCGAGGCACUACCCCAACGAGAACAGAGCUAAGGCAGAGGGCAAUGGCUGAUAAGUCCCUUCUACCAAACGGUCUAUCAGAUAGAAACCUGAAGGAAAAGCAGAAACAGGAAAAAGAAACGCUAAUGGCAACCCCCACCCGAAAGCCAUUGGGCUUCGCUGCACUUGCAGAGCAAAAUUCAGUUCAUGGAUUGAGCAACGGAACAUCGCGAGUUGGUGACCGUAGCAACACGCCAUCAACACAGCAAGGUUUAAGCAUCGAGGAUGCGAUCGAAUUAUAA